AAACAACAACAUCCACAUCGUGCAACACGAACAGCAGCCAUCGCAGCUUCGACGUUUUUCAGUUCAGUUUCUUCUUGUCAGCUGCUGUCUAAACAGUGUAGAACAGAUCUAGACAAAAUGCCUCACGACGUUUCCGACAAGGACCUGUCCGAGUACAGAGAUGCGUUCUCCCUGUUUGAUAAGAAGGGCGACGAUAAGAUUGACUCAUCCCAGAUUGGAGAUCUUCUCCGAGCACUUGGCAGUAACCCGACAGAGGCAGAAGCCAAGAAGAUCGCAAAAGAGUUGGACCCGGAUGGCACAAAGCGCGUCUCUUUCGAGGAGUUUCUACCUGUGUUACUCUCAUGCAAGUCCUCCAAAGAGCAUGAUUUGACAGAAGCUGACUUUGUGGAGGGCCUCCGGACAUUCGACCGUGAUGGUACGGGUAUGAUCAGCGUAGCUGAACUUCGUCACGUCCUCACCAGCUUGGGUGAAAAGCUGACUGAGCAGCAAGUCGACUCCAUCCUCGCAAGUAUCUCCGAGGGAGAGCGAGGGCAGAUCAACUACGAAGAGUUCGUCAAGGCCGUCAUGUCGGGAUAGUCUGUGGAGUGUGGUCGUGGCGUUAUGACUUUUACUAGGAAAGAUAGUGGUUGUGUGUAUAUUUAUUUAUUUACUUUUAUUCUGAGUAACAACGGAGUGUACCUGAUUCAAUGAUCAAUUUCUUACUGCUUCA